AUGGACACUCGUGGUAGAGCUGCCGAGGAGACGAAAAACAUCGUGUACUUGGAAAGACUCGUGGAAGAGUUUACCCACUGGCAAGAGUCGACAGCAGAGGUAGUGGAGGAAAAUGCUAGACUCCACACAGAGAUCAGUGGGCAACAGAAGUUGAACGGACUGCAAAAGCAAGAGCUAGCUGCUUCAAAUGCAGAGACUGCACAGCUGCGACAGACCGUAGCAAGCUUGCACAGGAUUUUAUCCAAGAGAUGGGACAUGGAGGAAGAGAAUGGUCAGCUCAAAGAGAGAAUACUGUUCACGCAGUCAGCUGCGGAGCAACUGGAGGAAGAACACCGGAAACAGAUGUCAGAAGCUGUUGAGAACCUUAAUGCGGUACACGAGGCCCACAAGAGAGAAAUUGCGCAAAUGCAGACCUCUGCCAACCAACAGUCUAGGCGUGAGACAGACAGUCUCCAGCACGUCAUUCAGGAAAAGAACGGAGAGAUCAGACAACUGCAGAAACAGCUCUCCGAUGUGGAGCGAGACAAGCACACUGAACUAGUCAAACUCAGACUCGAGUACGAUGCCAAGCUACUGAAACUACAGAAGCAGACAUCAAAGGCACAGACCACACAGCCGUCGUCGGUCAACAACGACAUCUUCAGAAGGAAACUGCAGAAUGUAAAG